AUGCGAAGCCCGGCUAGGUUGCGGCAGAGGAGCGGCGAGACCAGGAGCGCAGGACCGGGUUGCUCGGCGGCGGCGAAGCGGCAGGAGCAGCGGGCGGGAGCGGGGCCGCGCGGCGGGGCGCGGGGAGCGGCGGCGGCCGAGCCGGAGCAACAUGGCGCCGGUGGGCGGGGCGGGCGCCGGGGCGGCGGGCCGGCCCGAGGGCGCCUCCUCCUGGCGACGCUGCUGCUGCUGGUGCUGCUGUGGCGCGGGGGGCCCUUGGUCAGAGCUGACCCCCAUCGGGGCGCGAUCCUGGGCAUGAGGCUGGCGAGCUGUAACAAAUCGUGUGGGAUGAAUCCGGAUGGCAUCAUCUUCGUGUCCGAGGGCAGUACGGUGAACCUGAGGCUGUACGGCCAGAGGCUGGGCUCCAUCUCCAGCAACCUGAUUUCCUUCACCGAGGUGGACAACUCCGAGGCCACCCACAACUCCACCAACUGCCCCCGAGCUCACCAAGGACCUGUGUCGUCCAGCAGCUGGUCAACGUGAGUCGAGGGGAAACACGUCCGGGAUGCUGGUGGUGCUCACUAAGUUCCUCCGGAGGAGCGAGAACAUGAACUGUAUGCACUGUGCACCCGGGCUGGGGUGGACGGGCCCUGGCAGAGGUGGACCGAUAAGGACUCGCUGCUCUUC